GUGAAAUUCGCCACAAUAAGAUAAAAUUGUCAAGUCCCCAAGCAAAAUCCUCACCUAAUAAAUUUUCUGUGACAGUUUCACUGAUUGAAUAAUUCCGUGAAAUUGAAUAAACAAUAGACAACAUGGCUAAGAGCAGGGGAAAGAAAAGCAAGCGUACGAAGAGCCAAAAGAAAAAUGGUAAAAUUAAGCCCAUGAAAUUGGCUACUCUGGUUGUCUCAGCAAUUCAAGAUCUCCGGGAAACAAAGGGUACGACGCCAAACAAAAUUACCGGAUUCAUAAGCUACGCUUCGAAUUUACCCGAGACUCGAGUGAAGCGUCAGGUUAAAACGGCGCUGAAACGUGGGGUGGAGUACGGAAUAUUGCGACGGUACCGCGGCCACUAUUUUCUACCAACUGGAGAUGAGAUGGACCGUGCAAACCGAAUGGCUUUGCGAUUCGCCAGGUUACCAACCCCAAUGCCCUCGUAUUCCGGAUCAAACGAUCCCCCAAAAACUGAAAAAUCACGGAGGAAUGGCCAAUCAUUUGUCCCAACCCCCGUUCCAAGUUUCUCCAAUAUCCGCUGGCAUCGAGACGGGGUAUUAUCUUCAGAAAGUGACAUCGAUUGAUUUUAUUUCGACUGAUAUAUAAUUUUCCAUAAAAUUUUUUAAUCAUUUCAA